CGUGUCUACUGGAGGGUGGCAUCGGCAGUCAUUGUUUGCUGCUAUUGAUUGAGAGCUAAGGAUCAAUUUGGGAACGUUGCGGUGAAAGAAUCAUGUCUUCCACUGGAUCGACAGCACGGAUCCUCAUUAAGGGGGGGAAGGUAGUGAACGAUGACUUCACACAGGAGGCAGAUGUCUACAUCGAGAACGGCGUCAUCCAGCAGGUGGGCAAGGAGCUGAUGAUCCCGGGCGGUGCCAAGGUGAUCGACGCCUCAGGGAAGCUGGUGAUGCCCGGCGGCGUGGACACCUGCGUGCACCUGAACCAGAGCUUCAUGAACGCCACGCCCGCUGACGACUUCUACAGCGGCACCAAGGCCGCUCUGGCUGGAGGUACCACCAUGGUGAUUGAUCUGGUUCUGCCUGAGAGGAACGAGUCCCUGCUGGACGCCUAUGAGAGCACUCGCUCCGUGGCCGACUCCAAGACAUGCUGUGACUACGCCCUGCAUGUGGGCGUCACCUGGUGGGGACCCAAGGUACGCGCCCAGAUGGAAUCGCUAGUGCGGGAGAAGGGGGUGAACUCCUUCCACAUGUUCAUGGCCUAUAAGGAUCUGUACAUGCUGAGGGACGGCGAGCUCUUCCAGGUGCUGCAGCACUGUAAGGACAUUGGGGCGGUUGCUCGUGUCCACGCCGAGAACGGAGAACUGGUCGCCGAGGGAGCAAAAGAGGCGUUAGACCUCGGCAUCAGUGGUCCAGAGGGCAUCGAGAUCAGCCGUCCGGAGGAGCUGGAGGCAGAAGCCACCCAUCGUGCCAUCACCAUUGCCAACAGAGCUCACUGCCCCAUCUAUUUGGUGAAUGUUUCCAGUAUGUCUGCUGGGGAUGUUGUAGCUACUGCCAAGAUGCAAGGGAAGGUGGUCCACGGUGAGACAACCAUGGCCCACGCCGUGAUGAACGGGCUUCAGUACUACCACCAGGAAUGGGCCCAUGCUGCUGCCUAUGUCACUGUGCCCCCCUUGAGGCUCGACCCCAACACCCCCAACUACCUGAUGAGUCUCCUGGGAAACGACACUCUAAAUGUAGUUGUGUCAGACCACCGGCCCUUCACCACCAAGCAGAAGGCCAUGGGCAAAGACGACUUCACCAAGAUCCCCCACGGAGUCCCAGGCAUCCAGGACCGUAUGAGUGUCAUCUGGGAGAGAGGCGUGGUUGGAGGUAAAAUGGAUGAGAACCGAUUUGUUGCUGUGACCAGCUCUAAUGCAGCGAAGAUCUACAACCUUUACCCACGCAAGGGCCGCAUCAUCCCCGGAGCCGACGCCGAUGUGGUGGUCUGGGACCCUGAUGCAGCCAGGACCAUCUCUGUGGACACACAGCUUCAAGGAGGCGAUGUAAAUCUUUACGAGGGCUUGCGUUGCCAUGGCGUCCCUCUGGUCACCAUCAGCCGUGGCCGUGUGGUGUAUGAGAAUGGCAUCUUCACCUGUUCCGAGGGCUCUGGAAAGUUCUACCCCCUGCGGACAUUCCCUGAUUACCUCUACAAGAAGAUGGUCCAGAGAGAGAAGUGUCAGGCUCUAAAGGGAGUGGAGCGGGCUCCCUAUGAGGGUGACGUAGCUACGGUGAACUCAGGGAAGAGGGACGCUGGUUGCACAGAUGCAGACAACCCCGCACCCCGCCCCACCACCCGCCACGGAGGAGUCAGAGACCUGCACGGGUCUAGCUUCAGCCUGUCAGGUGCCCAGAUCGAUGACAGCGUCCCUAAGAGGGCCUCGGCCCGCAUCCUGGCUCCCCCUGGUGGCCGCUCCAGUGGGAUCUGGUAACGCGGACAUCCACCACUCCUGGACCAAAAACAGCUGAACCAGAUUUCAGUUGGAAGACCCUCACCCCUCCCACCAGGCCACCCUCGUGUAUCUAAAACUCAUGGUGCACUCCACAAUAAAUACUGAGCAAAAAAAGUAGCACUAUUUCAACACAGAGAGAUAACUGGGUGAUUUCAUUAUUGCCUGUGAAUGAAUUCAUUUUUUCAAUGUGAGUUGUAAGAAAUGUGUAGAAGCAAAGUUGCAAUUAGACAAACAAACACUCCCAAAGAAAGUGAAUUUUGACAUUUGGAAAUGAGGGUUAUCAGAUAGAAUGAAUGCAGCGGUCCAGAUUGAGCCAGAGGCUUGAAGCUUAUACCCAUCUCUUUUGUUACCUCAUUUAACACAUAGCAUUCAUCUUUCAUUGCAAUGCUUGAUUUCAGUGACUUUGAGUUCUUUUCAUAUGUACCAGCCCUGCUUAUUGUUAUUUAUUUGAGUCAGUCUGGAAUUAUCUAAAAAUAUUUUUUAGAAUUUACUUUUCAGGCACAUAACUGUAUGUUUACCUCAUUAUGGUAUGUUUGGUGUUGCACUUAUACUCUUUAAAACGUCCCUGCCUUCCAGUUGGUUUUGUGUGGAGUGAAAUCAAGUGGAAAUAUGUGUACAAAGAUUGGAAUGAUCAUUGGCCAUUUGCCUUCUCUCUGUACCUAUAGGGCUCGCUGACAUUUCUGACUGAUAGACUGUUCUGACACAAAAAAACCAGGUUGAAAGCCAAAUGAAUUCAUCUGUAAUCUGUUAGAUUCAUCACAAAAACACAAACCACAUUGAUGAUGUGAAAUUUAAGCCUUAGCGUGGAUCAUAUUUCCUAUCAAAUCUGUUUGCAGCAACUUUGCCACGAUGUAGCACCUUUCUGUGGCCUGUUUCUUCACUUGAACAACGUUAAUCCUCCUAAUGAACAGUAACACACGUUUCUAUAUGUUUAGUCUUGGCACACUCGCAAUUAAGGCACUGGAAUAUGUUACUAAUGUAUGAUUGUUUAAAGUUACAACCUAUUUAAAUGUUUUUUUCCCCCCCCUGAAACUGUACGAGUGGAUGUCUUCAGUUUUCUGCUUGAAGGCAGGUCCAUGUUGUUUUCUUGUUCUUUCCGGAAGGAAGUGACUGGACCCUUAGCUGUCAGUGUCAACUCUGCUGGACUCCACUCUUUAAUCUCUUCUUUCAUCUUGCCCUCUCCUCUUCCAUCCCAUCCUUUCCUCCACAACUCCUUCUCUCCUCUCACUGCUCUUCUCUGUUUAUGGGGACACAAAAACAGACUUUCACAUGUGAAGCGAUCUAUAUUGAAGUGAAUGCCUGGAUCAAGUCUCUUUUUUCCUCUUUAUAAAUGAAGGGAACACACAUUAGGGUGGUGUACGGAUUUCUAUUGGUGCUCAAUAUUUUCAUGUAUGUGUUGUUUCAUUUUAAACAAUCUAAUGCACUGUUUUCUUAUGUAUUUCAAACCAGUGCACUGUUAUGCACUGGUAUGGUUUUGAACAUGUUCACCACACAAGUAAGUGCAAAUAAACCAUCAACAAGUCUA